AUGGACGAAUUGAUAAUUUUUAAUGAUAUUUUUGAAAUCGAUAAAGAAAAAUUAUCUUUUAUUAUUGAGGAUGAUAGGAGAUUUACUUGGCAUUAUAUAACUUUAUUUUAUAAUGAUAAACCUUGUUCUUUGGAUAGAUUUAAAUUACAUUACGGAAUUAACGAAUAUGAUGAUUAUGAAUAUCCUAUAAUUAAAAAUUCAAAUGGGAUAGAUUCUUUUCUCGUUAAAUCAGAUGCGAGACUUUAUUUUAAAAAUAAUUUAUUAUAUAAUAAUGAUUUUAAAUGUAAAUUUAUUAAGGAAGAAGUUUAUCAAACAGUUGAUAUCGAUAAAUCUAAAUUAGAUAUUGCUUUUUUUGAUGAUGAAAAAUUUGAGGAAAUCAAAUCAGAAAAUGAUGGUAUUAGAGAUUAUUACAAGUUGAAAGAUAAUGUUGGUCACUAUUUUAUUUUAUAUAAAAAUAGUGUAAUUAAACAUAUUGGCACAUGUAAUUAUUUUGAUUUUUAUGAUGUUGAAGAUAACAUUUCUGAAAAAAUUUUUAUUAAAAAUGUAUAA